AUGCCCCACUGGCCCGCUCUCGGUCGAGGAGUCGCAGAGAGAGGAUCGGUGCUCAGUGGUCCUGGCUCGUUCAGCGCUUCCGGGAAAGCCCGCGGGGAGGCCGAGGCAGGCCCGGCAGGGUCUCCAUCCACCAAAGGUGUCUACACUGUCCCGCCCCCAGCCCCCAAUCUGGAUAUCCCCAGCGCCUCGUGGACGCAAAGCCAAGAUCCCACCCUCACCCUAGACUCAAAUUAG